UCAAAAUGCGUCAAAAUAUGAGAAGAAAAAUAUUUUUGAAAGUAAUGACAGAAUAUUCCAAAAUGAACAGAAAAAUGAGUGGAGGUAACAAUAAUAAUACAAGCUUAAAAGAGACAAUAAAUGGAUUACUUGCUGGGUUUAAUGUUAAAUUUAUAACAAAAAAGAUAUUUUGUGAGCACAUGCCCAAAUCAAACAGCAACCACACUGGAAGGCAAAGUGCUGACCCUAUUUCAGUUCAAAAUCCGAGACAGAUGCAAACAAAUCAAAAACAGCGUGAUGAAACUUGUUUUUAG